UGUCAAUAUUAUACGGGAACGACGUUAACGCAUUGUAUCGAGGAAGAGAACGACAUCGACGUUGACGACAUCACCGACGUUGAAGGCGGCGGUGGCGGCGGUGGCGGCGGUGGCGGCGGCGGCGACGGCGACGGCGGCGACGACGACGACGACGACGACGACGACGACGACGACGACGACGACGACGACGACGACGACAACGACACAUCACCGAUAACCGAUAAAUUUACAACGAGAGGAAAGAUCGAUUGCAACGGGCACGAUAUCGAGCGGAAGAAAAAGCACGAUAACAAUAGCAACGGAGAGGAUAUUUAAUUCGAGGUCGCGAGACCAACGUCGCGAAGAGAAGGACAACGGAGCAAAGUGGUAUCUGCCAACACGGCGAGAACAAAUGGUCGACUAACGCGCGCAUCGAAAUCGAUGACUAGUAAACGAUCUGCUUCGGUCUAAUAAAGUUAAAUCGAUAUCGAUAGACAGGCACGUGCUCGAACGGCUGGUUCGUUUCGCGUGCCGCGAGAAGAAAGGAACGAGGAUCGUGCGCACUGUGUAGACGAUAGAAAUCGUCCAACGAUCGCAACUCUUUCCGCCCGUUUAUACCACGGAAUAACGCACAUCUUCCCGAAAGCUAGCAUCUUGUAUCGCGUCUCUUCUCCGAUCGGUUCUCCUCGUUGCCCCGCGUCUCUAUAUCCUACUCGAUCAUGAAGAUUCUUAUGCGAGCUGAUACCCAUGUGGACAUCGAAUUACCGGGCAACGCGCCAGUCGCUAAAUGCACCUUCACUCAGGUAUUGGCUGCCCUGUCGGUGUCACUGGGCUCCAUGGUGGUCGGUUACUCGAGUUCCUACACCUCCCCUGGCCUGGUCUCCAUGCGCGACAACUCCACGGCUAUGUUCGAAGUAACGAAGGAAAUCGGCAUGUGGAUAGGAUCGAUCAUGCCGUUGAGCGCGCUCUUUGGAGGCAUUGCCGGAGGUCCUUGUAUCGAAUACCUGGGUAGAAGAAACACCAUUCUGGCCACUGCACUGCCGUUCAUCGCAGCCUGGCUGUUAAUCGCAUUGGCAACGAACGUCGCGAUGGUACUGGUCGGCCGCGCGCUCUGCGGUUUCUGUGUCGGUAUCGCCUCGCUCUCGCUACCGGUCUAUCUCGGGGAGACGAUACAGGCAGAGGUACGAGGCACCCUCGGACUAUUACCAACCGCCUUUGGUAACACAGGAAUUCUAGUCUGCUUCGUAGCCGGCAUGUACUUGGAUUGGAGAAAUCUCGCGUUACUCGGCGCUAGUUUACCGAUACCGUUCAUGAUCUUGAUGUUCACCAUUCCCGAAACUCCGAGAUGGUACAUAUCCAAGGGAAAGGCGAAAAACGCGCGAAAAUCGUUGCAAUGGCUACGUGGUAAGGAUACCGAUAUCAACGAGGAAUUGAACGCCGUACAAAAGUUGCACGUCGAUAGCGAACGCAACGUUUCGCAGGGUGCAUUCAUGGAACUCUUCAAGAAGAAUCAUCUGAAGCCGCUUUUAAUUUCGCUCGGCCUAAUGUUCUUCCAACAGCUCUCUGGAAUUAACGCCGUUAUAUUUUAUACCGUCCAAAUCUUUAAGGACGCUGGAAGCAGUAUCGACGAAAAUCUUUCCACCAUCUUCGUAGGUAUCGUGAACUUCAUUUCGACGUUCGUCGCGGCAGCUGUUAUAGACAAACUGGGCAGAAAAAUGUUGCUCUACAUAAGCGGUAUAUCGAUGUGCGUGACUCUGUUCACGUUCGGUACGUUCUUCUACGUGAAAGCGACAGGGACGGACGUGUCGGCGUUUGGUUGGAUACCGCUAGUGAGCCUGAUCGUUUACGUAAUCGGGUUCUCGCUGGGAUUCGGUCCGAUCCCGUGGUUGAUGAUGGGCGAGAUCUUGCCGGUCAAGAUUCGCGGAUCGGCCGCCAGCGUGGCAACCGCCUUCAACUGGACCUGCACGUUCGUCGUGACCAAGACGUACGAGGACAUCGUCUCGAUCAUCGGACCGUAUGGCACCUUCUGGAUGUUCGGCGCGAUCGUCUUGGUCGGAUUCGUGUUCGUGAUCGCCUGCGUACCGGAGACGCGAGGAAGAUCUCUAGAGGAGAUCGAGAAAAGAUUCGCCGGACCGGUGAGAAGAAUGAGUGCGGUCGCCAACAUGAAGCCGUUACCAACCGCCUGUUAAUCCUUUCUCUACUUCUCUCUCGAUAGUUAGCUAAAUCGAUCUGUUCGACCGACGUGACGAACGAUCGCGUCGUCGAUACUCCAUGCCUUUGCUUUCGCUUCGUUGUCAAACGAACCACUCCUAUAGUUCCUUCAUUCUGUCGAUAAGAACGAGCGAAACGGAUGCGAAGAGAACCGUCUUCCUGACCGAUGAUUCUCUUUUUCCCAUUUCAAUCUUAAAGCGACUCUGCUCACUGCUCUUUUCUUUCUUCUUUUUCCCUUUUCAUUCUCACUUUCUUCUGGCCGCAUCCACUUCCGUUUCGGAGCCGGAUAUUGUCGGAAUUCAUAGGGGCGCGACUCUCGUUGCGUUCAGUUUGCCGAGAAGAUUGCGCAGCGGCUGUUCAUCAACGAGAGAAAACGCGCGCCAACGAGUAGACUAAAGGAAAAAAGUAAGGGAAGAGGAAAGAAAAGAAAGAAAGAGAAGGUCGAAAAAGAAAGAAGAGAACGAAUCGUUGACUAGACGUCCUAUGUAACCGUUAUUUUUGUUAUUUCAAACACUUUACAGGGUCUACCUCAAAUUAGUACUUUUGCUAAAGGUAUACGAAUAGGUUAACGACAAGUGUAAAU